GGAUUGUAAUUUGAUUUCUUAAAUGUUUCCUACACCAACAGGCCUCUUAUUUGUGUGAAAGAAGCCGAAGGUAUUUUGGUAAUGCAAUUCAUAAUAAAAAAGUCCAUAUAAUGGGAAAGGAUCAGUAAGCAAUGUCGAAGUCAGCACUAAAUCAGUUGAUAAACUUGAUUGCAAAAAAGAAAACACUCAAAUAGCAAAAAUAGAAAAACAUUGAGACACCAUAUAUAUGUAAUAUUCCAAUUAAUUUCUAUCUUAAAAAAGAAAAAUAAAAAUCCGAACCCGACUGCACCGGUGAAUUUGCCGUCUCUGUUUAAAAGCUGGCGGCCCCUCCAUCACUUAAAAGGGUUUUGCGCACUCAAUAGAAAUUGCAUAAGAGUAUUCAGGUUUUCCGAUUGCAUAUGGAGAAAGCUGAGGAAGAAGGAGAAAAAGAAUCAAACACUUCACUCUUUCCCAUAUUUGGUGUCUCGGCCACAAAUGCUCACAAACCCGAAUGGCUUUGCAACAGCAGCUUUACCACCAACAUCUCCGUCAUCAAUGACGCGGUUUCGUCUCUCCCGCAAGAUAAAUCUCCGAUAGAAUUAGACCAAGAACAAGAAGACGAAGAUUCAAAACUUCAACUGAAGCAGCCAUCAAACUAUCAAUUAAUAGAAGAAGAAGAAGAAGAAGCAGCAGCAGCAGCUGAUGAAGACGAAGAUUCUGAUGUUGACAGUGGCAGUGGGAGAAACAAGAAGAAAAAGAAAAGGGUAAAACGGGAAAAGAUAGAUAAAAAGAGAAAGAGGAGUUCAAGAGAUGAUGCUAGGGUAUCACAUUCAAAACAUUCUAAGGAAUAUUACUUUGAUUCCCAUGGAGACGCAGAUAAUUUGGUCUAUGCCUCUCUUUACAGAAUGGAUGUGCCCCGCUACAAACCUUUUAAUUCUACAAAAUUGUCUGCCCAUGGUCUGUAUCGAUCCAAUACAAGGAGCUUUACUCUUGAUAGAGAUGAAGAUAUUGAUGCAUUGGACAUUAAAGUUAAAUCAAAUGGUCGAUAUUGGUCUGCAAAAUAUGUAGCUCUCGAACACCAUAAGAAAUUAAAGCGUCUUCGGCUUCUUGCACCUGCAUCCAAGCAGCCUGUACUCAUUGAUUCUGAUGAUUUUAUUCCAUUUUCGGAAACUGAAGCAACUGGAAAAGGUUUAGUCUCAAGGUGUUCUUCUUCACUUGUUGAAGAGUCUUGGGAAGAUGAAGUACUACACAAGACACGAGAGUUCAACAUAUUGACUAGAGAGCAUCCUCAUGAUGAAAAAUUAUGGUUAGAUUUUGCGGAAUUUCAAGACAGGGUUGCAAAAAUGCAACCGCAAAAGGGUGCUCGCUUGCAGAUACUUGAGAAAAAGAUUAGUAUAUUGGAAAAGGCCGUUGAGCUUAAUUCUGAUAAUGAGGAAUUAUUGCUUGCUCUAUUGAAGGCUUAUCAGAGCAGGGACAAUACUGAUGUAUUAAUGGACAGAUGGGAAAAAGUACUUUUGGGUCAUUCAGGCAGCUCAAAGUUGUGGAGAGAGUACUUGCAUGUUUUUCAGGGGGAGUUUUCCAGAUUCAAGGCUUCUAAGAUGAGAAAGAUGUAUGCGCAUGCUAUCCAAGCUCUAUCUACUGCAUGCAACAAGCAGUCUAGGCAGGUUAAUCAAAAUGCAAAUCCUUCUGCUCUGGAUUCUGGUAUAGUUCAGCUAGAACUAGGAGUGGUUGAUGUAUUUGUUAGUCUUUGUCGGUUUGAAUGGCAGGCUGGUUACCAGGAGUUGGCCACUGCUUUGUUUCAAGCUGAAAUUGAAUUUAGUCUAUUUUCUCCUUCUUUACUUUUAAGCGAGCACAAUAAAUUGAGGUUGUUUGAGCACUUUUGGAAUGGAGAUGGCCCAAGAGUUGGAGAAGAAGGGGCCACUGGUUGGUCCUUGUGGCUGGAGAAAGAGGAGGAAAAUAGGCAAAGGAUUAUAAAAGAGGAGACUUCACAUGAUGAUGAGAGAGGUGGUUGGACUGGCUGGUCAGAACCACAAUCUAAAUGCAUGGAGACUGAUAAAAGCCAAACAACUGUUAGCAGUCAUGAUGUAGCCUCUGAGGAUUUCCAAGAGGAACUUGAGAAUGAAAACAACAAGCAAGAAGAUGACACGGAAGCAUUGCUAAAACAGCUGGGCAUCGAUGUGGAUGCUGGUCCUAGCAGUGAGGUUAAAGACACUUCAAUUUGGAUUAGAUGGUCUGAAGAAGAGUCAUCACGGGAUUGUAAACAAUGGAUGCCUGUACAUGGAAAUUCGGAUGCUAACGAGAUUGACAAAACAGACAGGACCUCUCAGAGUAUUGGGACGCCAGAUAGAGAAGCUGAUGAACAAUUUUUGAGAGUCGUAUUAUUUGAAGAUGUCAGUGAAUAUCUGUUUUCAUUAAGUACAGAGGAGGCCCGCUUAUCUCUAUUAUCUCAGUUUAUCGAUUUUUUUGGUGGUGAUAUGUCCCACAAGAUUUGCACAAACAGUUCAAGUUGGAGUGACAAAAUCCUUAGCCUAGAGGUGUUGCCAGAUUCUAUGAUACAGAGUUUGGCUUUAACUGGUAAUGCUUUGGUCUUCCUUUUGGGCAACUCAAAUGAAGAGUCCAAGCGAAGGGAUAUCAUGAAAUUUCUUCGUAAUGCUAUCCUGCUAUGUUUAACUGCUUUUCCGCGUAAUUACAUAUUGGAAGAAGCUGCUCUUAUUGCUGAAGAGUUAUCUGCUACAAGAAUGGACUCUUCUACCCCAUGUCGAUCUCUGGCCAAGUCCUUGUUAAAAAGUGAUAGACAGGAUGUCUUGCUUUGUGGUGUUUAUGCACAACGAGAAGCUGCUUCUGGUAAUAUAGAUCAUGCAAGAAAAGUUUUUGACAUGGCAUUAUCAUUGAUUGAAGGGCUUCCGUCGCAUAUACAAUCCAAUGCCGCUCUUUUAUAUUUCUGGUAUGCUGAAGUAGAACAUGCUAGUGUUUGUGGCGAUACUCGAGAAUCAUGCUCUCGAGCAUUGCAUAUUUUGUCUUGCUUAGGAAGCGGAGCAAAGUACAGCCCAUAUAAUUAUAAACCAUCAAGCCUGCAGUUGUUGAGGGCACAUCAAGGAUUUAAAGAAAAACUGAAAAUAGUAAAAUCAGCAUGGUUACGUGGUGCUGUAAAUGAUCAAUCUAUUGCACUAGUUUGUUGUGCAGCGUUAUUUGAAGAGUUGACAACUGGGUGGGCUGCAGGUGUUGAAGUUCUAGAUGAAGCUUUGACAAUGGUGCUUCCAGAAAGAAGAAGACACAGUUACCAGCUUGAGUUUUUGUUCAAUUAUCAUAUAAGAAUGCUUCUUAGACAUCAUAAGCAAUCAAGCUUGUCAAAAUUAUGGGAUUCCAUCUUGCAGGGGCUACAAAUAUAUCCUUGCAGCUCUGAACUUUUUAAGGUGUUGAUUGAGAUUGGGCAUCUUUAUACAACACCAAAUAAAUUGCGGUGGAUGUUUGAUGAUUACUGCCACAGGAAACCUUCAGUAAUUGUUUGGACUUUUGCAUUGUCUUUCGAGAUGAGCAGAGGAGGCUCCCAGCACAGAAUCCAUGGUUUGUUUGAAAGAGCAUUAGCAAAUGAGAGCUUGCGUAAAUCAGUCAUAUUAUGGCGUAUGUACAUUGCUUAUGAAAUUGACAUAGCGCAGAAUCCUUCUGCUGCCAGGCGUAUUUUCUUCCGAGCUAUUCAUGCCUGUCCCUGGUCCAAAAAACUCUGGCUUGAUGGUUUCUUAAAAUUGAAUUCCAUCUUGUCUGCAAAAGAGUUGUCUGAUCUCCAGGAAGUAAUGCGGGAUAAGGAGCUGAACCUGAGGACAGAUAUUUAUGAAAUCCUGUUGCAAGAUGAGCUUGUGUGAUUAUAAUUGCCGUUACGUUUAGCAGAAUUCUAUCAGAUUGUGCUUGUCGGGCAUCAAACAAAAUUGCCGGUGUAGAAAUGAGAGACGUCUCAAUUGGCAAAGCUCAUAAACUCCGGAGGAGUUUUACCACCUGAUCAUUAUUUGGCAAAAAGCUGCACUCCUGCUACAUCGCCUGUUCCUGGCCAUCUCUGCCUUCCUGGUUCGGCUUGGUGAAGCUUUUCAUUUCCAAAUGAUGUUUGUUAUCCCAACUUCUGUUGAAGAUGGUAAACUUGAGCUAGUCACAAGCCUUUCCUGGGUCAUGCAACUGUUUCCCUGAAAAAAGUUGGCCUGUAAAGUCGUUCAGUUUUAACAAAUUCUCUUGUUCAGAGAAUUACCAAAAAAAAGAAAACAAAACACCUAAUCUGUGCUUGUGCCUUAAAAUGAGUUUAUUAAUGUAAAUUUCUUGCCAUUUCAUUUGCAA